UCCGCGAGCUCAGCAGAAUCGCUCGCCUGUCCUCACGAGGGGAGCCAGCCCAGUCUUGUCAGCGCGCAGCGGUGUUGUGGAAGAUGGCGCUAGCCGAAUGGAAAUCCUAAUGACAGUCACCAAAUUUGCCUCUUUUUGUACCAUGGGCGCCAAUGCCUCUGCUCUGGAGAAAGAGAUUGGAUCUGAGCAGUUUCCAGUCAAUGAGCACUACUUUGGCCUGGUCAAUUUUGGAAACACCUGCUACUGUAACUCGGUGCUGCAGGCUCUGUAUUUCUGCCGUCCAUUCCGGGAGAAGAUCCUGGCGUACCGCAGUCAGCCUCGGCGGAAGGAGAACCUGCUCACCUGCCUGGCUGACUUGUUCCACAGUAUUGCCAACCAGAAGAGGAAAGUGGGUGUCAUACCGCCCAAGAAGUUCAUCACACGGCUACGCAAGGAGAAUGAACUGUUUGACAACUAUAUGCAGCAGGAUGCCCAUGAGUUCCUAAACUACCUGCUUAACACCAUCGCUGACCUACUCCAAGAGGAGAGGAAGCAAGAAAAGACCAAUGGCCGCCUUGCCAAUGGUACAUUGGACUCCCAGAACAACAACAGCAAUGCCACACCUGCUCCUACCUGGGUCCACGAGAUCUUCCAAGGCACUCUGACUAAUGAGACACGCUGCCUCACAUGUGAAACGAUAAGCAGCAAAGAUGAGGACUUUCUGGACCUCUCUGUGGACGUAGAGCAAAAUACCUCCAUCACACACUGCCUCAGGGGUUUCAGUAACACAGAAACACUGUGCAGUGAGUACAAAUACUACUGUGAAGAAUGUAGAAGCAAGCAGGAGGCACACAAGAGGAUGCGUGUGAAGAAGUUGCCAAUGAUCCUGGCUCUGCACCUGAAGCGUUUUAAGUACAUGGAACAGCUGCAGCGCUACACCAAGCUGUCCUAUCGCGUUGUCUUCCCCCUGGAGCUCCGCCUCUUCAACACCUCCGGAGAUGCCACCAAUCCUGAGAGGUUAUACGACCUGGUCGCUGUAGUGGUGCAUUGUGGGAGUGGUCCAAACAGAGGUCACUACAUUGCCAUUGUGAAAAGUCACGAUUUCUGGUUGCUGUUUGAUGACGAUAUUGUAGAGAAAAUUGAUGCGCAGGCCAUAGAAGAAUUCUACGGUCUCACGUCUGAAAUCUCCAAGAACUCUGAGUCGGGUUACAUCCUCUUUUACCAGUCCAGAGACUAAAUGUGGACCUGAGCUCUUCACCACAUAAAUCAGGAGAGAUACUCUCUUCCCGCUUUGUGGGGAGCAGCAGACUGUUAACCACACCCACAGCCACAUGCACGGUGUCAUACCUGCCCGCACAGCUGGAAUUCAUACCUGUGCUUUAACGCAGUCAAUGCUGCAGCUCAGCCGUGGAAGUUCCCCUCCUACAUACCAGCUAAACCUGCUGGCCUCCAUGUUCUUCCUGUCCCCUCAUCCACCGCUGCUGCUGCUGCUGCCAGGACAAUGAGACGAUAAUGAAUGAAACUGUGUCAAGAUUGUUUAAAAAAAAAAAAAAAAAAAAAAAAGAAUGAGGGGUGUACAGAUGUUGACUGGUUGUAUGAGUGGUGUUCUAGUUUUUGCUUUGGGGUGAAUGGGUAUUUAAUUCAUAUUAUGUAAUACUGGCCUGGAGUCUUCACCUCCCACAACGCUAUUCUAAACUAUGAUGGAGUUUUUGGUCAUGGAUGUUAAAGGAUUGACGGGAGGUGGGUGUCCUACUUGUAGGGCAUACUGGGUUGUGUAUUUCUAUAGUGUACAGAAUGGUAUUUGUAUAAAUAUUACAAGAAGAUAAUAUUGGAAAAUGUUAGCGCUUGAGAAGAUGUAUUAACACUAUGGUGCACUUUUGAUACUGUUUUGUAGGUGUUGGCAAGCUUAAUGUGGGGGUUUGCUUGAAAAGGCCUGUUGUGAAGCGAUCAUUUUCUGUUUUAAAGAAAAAGAAAUAAAGCCAGUAAGACUGA